AUGGCGGUCGAGCCCCGCAGCCGGGGCCCGGUGCCGUACAGUCGGCCGCCGCUCUCCGCCCUCGCCGCUGCGCUGCUUCUGUUGGGUUGUAGCCCGGCCCCCGCCACCGCCGCCGCCUCCUCCUCCUCCAGUUGUCACCACCGCGUUCCCAGCGGCGGAGAGGUUGUCUACAAAGUUUAUCUUAAGGAAAAUCAUGUUCUCAAGAGAAAUGUUGAUCAAAACCUGAGAAUUAAGACUAUAUAUGACAGAAGUGUUGAAGAUUUGCUCCCUGAGAAACAACACCUUAUAAAGAACAAACUUUUCCCACAAGCUAUUUCUUAUUUGGAAAAGACUUUUCAAGUUCGCAAACCAACAGGUACUAUUUCACUAAGCAGGCAAUGCGCAACAAACGAGUAUUUAAGGAAGCAAGGUGACCCUCAUAGAUACUGCCAACGAGCCUGUGCAGAACACACAAGAUGUGGCCCAGUUAUAGUUCCUGAGGAACACUUACAGCAAUGUAGGGUAUGUAGUCAAAACGGGUGUGGACCUGCUGGCUUACCAGACCAAGAAGGAGUUCGAGAUGCCGAUUUUGUACUUUAUGUCAGUGCUCUAACUACUGAAAGAUGUGGUCAGGAAAAUAUUAUUGCAUAUGCAGCCUACUGCCAACUGGAAGCAGAAAUGGACAGGCCAGUAGCAGGAUAUGCUAAUUUGUGUCCAAAUAUGAUUUCUACUCAAGCUCAGGAAUUUAUUGGCAUGCUGUCUACAGUGAAACAUGAAAUUAUUCAUGCACUGGGUUUCUCUGCUGGGCUGUUUGCAUUUUAUCACAAUGAUGAUGGAAAUCCUUUGACAGCAAGAUAUGCAGAUGGGCUCCCACCUUUUAAUGACAGUCUAGGUUUGUAUCAGUGGAGCAAUAAGGUUGUUGAUAAAGCAGUGAGGUUAUGGGAUAUACGAGGUAAUAAGAUGCUGCGCCAUGAUGUAUUUCUUCUUCUAACACCUCGAGUAGUUGAAGAAGCUCGGAAACAUUUUGACUGUCCAAUUCUAGAGGGAAUGGAGCUUGAAAACCAAGGUGGCAUGGGUACUGAGCUCAAUCACUGGGAAAAGCGAUUGUUGGAGAAUGAGGCAAUGACUGGAUCCCACACACAGAACAGGGUCUUCUCCCGGAUUACCUUAGCGUUAAUGGAGGAUACAGGCUGGUAUAAAGCCAAUUACAGCAUGGCAGAGAAAUUAGACUGGGGACGUGAUAAAGGCUGUGACUUUGUGAUGAAAAGCUGUAAAUUUUGGAUUGACCAAAAGAAAGAGAAGAGGCAAUUGGUGAGUCCAUACUGUGACACUCUGAGGAGUAAUCCACUGCAGUUAACUUGUAGACAGGACCAAAAGGCAGUAGCAGUGUGCAAUUUACAGAAAUUCCCAAAGCAGUUACCUCAUGAGUAUCAGAGUUUAAAGUGCUUUGGGAUCCCUCUGGCUCAAAGGCAUUACUUAAACAUAGACUCCUGUUACCAGUGCCUAUGUGCAGCACCACUGAUGUUGGAAAUUUUUCCAUCAGAAGAUUUGCCUUAUUAUGGUGGCUCAGUAGAAAUUGCUGACUAUUGCCCCUUUAGUCAAGAAUUUAGUUGGCAUUUAAGUGGUGAAUUUCAACGCAGCUCAGAUUGUAGAAUAAUGGAAAAUCAGCCAGAUCCUUUCAAAAACUACGGUGCAGAGAAAUAUGGACCAAACUCUGUGUGUCUCAUUCAGAAAUCAGCAUUUGUCAUGGCACAGUGCAGAAAAAGGCUCAGUUACCCUGACUGGGGCAGUGGAUGUUAUCAGGUUUCUUGUUCUCCCAAAGGGCUGAACGUUUGGGUCAAGGACACAGCAUACUUGUGCAGCCGCUCGGGUCAAGUGUUAACUGUUAGCAUUCAGAUGAAUGGAUGGGUACAUGCUGGAAAUCUAAUUUGUCCAGCUUGUUGGGACUUUUGUGAUUCCUGUCCCCCUGAACGGGAUCCGCCAGCUUCUAACGUAACAAGGGCACUAUCAAUUGAUUUGUGCUCCUGUUCCUCCAGCCUGGUUGUAACUCUCUGGCUGUUGAUGGCUAACUUGAUCCCCUUGCUGACAGGAUUUCUUCUAUGUGUAUGGAGUUAAGUGUGGGUAAAAAAUCUACUUACUCCAAGACUUCACCACCCUGCUGCAUUCCUCGAGUCAAGAGCACUACCAUAGUGCAAUAUCUCUGCAGGCAGGACGAUUGCCUUUUGGUCUAUCUCACUACUGCUUGUAGCCAAGAAGGUGCUCACAACAGCAGCUAGCUUUUAAGAGGAGGCAAAGUUUACUAUGUUUUCUCAAUAAGUGCCAGUAUUUUCUGAAUUCAGACCUUUAAUUUUAACAGUAACAACUUUUGAAGAUCAAAAGUGCUACCUGCAUUAGGCAACUGGCAACUCCAUCAUUAGUGAUAUACAUGUGAAACUGUAAGAAUGCUUCUUGGAUUUUAUUUUGCUAAAUCCUCUGUGUAAGUGGUAGCAGGGUGUUUGUUUUUUAGCAUCCUCAAACUGGAGAUAUACCUCAAUGUUUCUUUAGUCAAAAGCCAUGUAAAAAAUCAGUUGCCAUUGCUGCUAGGAACCUAGGCUGAAAUGGGCUUUUACUCAGUGAAACUUAUGGUGAAUUGAUGGUAUAUUUUUCAUAACAUUUGUUUCUUUACAUUUAUUCAAAUAUUUUAGGAAUCCCACUUCAGCUUUUUGAAGCCCACUCUCAUUUAAUGUGUGCCAGUUAUAUGAAAAUUGAUGCACUACAUAUUUGAAUCUUACCAGGGUAACUUUAAGAAGGGGGAACACUGAUGUACUGUUGAUGGGAUGGUCAAAAUAUUUCACUUCACUACAGUAGUUUUUGUCCUUUACCUUUAAUAUCAGUGUUCAGAGUGCAGGCGAGGUGGGUGGUGGUGGUUGUUUUUUGACACUUUUUUUAUGGGUGUUGAGAGCUAAACAGCAGUGAAGUAAUGAAGAGUUCUAUUCUGCAUAGAUAAUGUGAACACACAACACCUGUACUCUAACUUGACUUUCCUUUGGGGGAAAAAUAAUAGUGAUGGCAACUGAAGUAAACAAAGACAAUGUUAACUACUUUAGGCCAAAACAAGAUUAACACACUAAGAAAACUAUAGACUGGCUCUUCUGAUGGACAUGCGGCUGAUCUCUAAAAUGAUACUGGAUAUGUGAAGAUUUAAAAUAUUGCUAUGAAAACAGCUGUUUUUUAAACCAGGGCAUACUGUACUAUAAAGAAGCACAAGUUAGUGGUGGACAAAAUCAACUAGAUUUAGGGAAAUGUGUAGAAUUGCUGUUUCUACAGGAUGGCUGCUCCUGGGGGCACUUAGAGAUGCAAACUUGCCCGUAUCUUACCCCUUUUGGACUCACAAAUAAGUCUUGCUUGCCCUAUUCAGUCUGUCCAUGCUGAUAGUUCUGAUUCUCAGAAAACUGUUUCCAUUACAGAUGUGAGGGGGCAGGAGUGCCCAAUGGUUCCAGCGUAUACCAAGCCAAGAAGGAUAAAUAUCUUCUAACUUCCCUUUAAGCCGCUAUAAGGCAAUGGAUUUGUCAGGGACUCUUUGCAAGGAAAAAAGGAUGAAGAUAUGGAAUAAAAAUCCUUUGGUCACAGAUGAACUUGUCCAUUAGUAGGGAGAGUUUCCAUUAUGGUUAUAUGCAUGUUAAAGAAAAAUCUUUGUAUGCCUACUGCAUUUUUUUUAACAUUAUCCUUGUAAAAAUAGGGUUUUUGUAAUGUGACUAAUGUCACUGAACCCCCAAUUUACUACACAAGUGAAAACUGCCCUAAGGAAUCACAACUGAGAAUCCUUUGCAUUGGGCUAGUUCCAAGUUAUAUACACUGCUUUAAAUUAUACGAGGCCUAAAUUAGCUUUAAAUGUGUGUGUUUAAAACAUUUUAUCCCUAAUUGUUAUAGUUUUUUAAAACGCAUACAAAUUUGGAUUGACACACUAAAAAUAAUGAACAGACUGAUAAUUUUUUAUAUACACAAUGCAACAACAGUGUGAAAUGGUUCCUUGAAAACGCAUAAUAGUUUGAGAAGAUUUCUUAGGCCCCAGAGGUUGAUAUUGUAUCUUUUGUCUGUUGUGCAAUAAUAGAAUUUAAGUAGCAUCACUCAACAAUGAUGCUUUUGAUACUUGAAAAUUUUUCUUGGUUAUUUUUUCUUAAUAAUGUAAAAUAUUUGCACUCUCUCAACUUUCUGAUUAACUUUAUAGCUGUUAAGCAUUUUUAUCAGUGUUAAUUUAUUGCAUUUGUCAUUUGAUAUCCUGAUCUGUCUAUACAAAUGUGAAACUUGCUAUCUUUGAAUGAAUAAUCUUGUCUUCAACUGAACAGUUAUCUAUCCCAAUUGCUCAGUCUGUUCUCUGAGAAUUUGGUGGAACAUGUAAGGUGACUUGAAAAGUCAGUGCUUUCUUACAUCUGCAUUGUGUUCUAUAUAGUAAGUGAAAGUGACCAUAGUGCAUUGUAGAGGGAGAACUCGCCUACCUGUCAGAACGCUUCGAGGCAGACUUAACAGUACUUGCUGAGUAGUUGUUUUAAUGUAUCCCAUGAAGUAAAAAUAUAAUUGCCUUAAUAAUCUGAGAUUUCAGUCAUGAUUUCUGUGAGCACAUGCAGCAGUCAAGAAUCCAGCUAUGAAUGGUAGAAUUGGAAGUGACUUCCUGAUUUUCGUAGAAAAAUGUAUUUGAACAGGUUAAAUCAAACACUUGAUAUUGUUAUAUUAGUAAGCUAAUGACAGGUAGCCCCAUUGUAGUAGCAAUGUGAUGGCUGAUAGAUGUAAUGAGGUCACCUUUAAGGUGAGAGUGAAGUGGUGGCUGUCAAUGCAGUCGAAAUAUCCCUUUCCAUCUCAGAAGGAAUAACUGAAUAAAACUUCCUACCUCAGUUUUCUAUACUGUCUUAGAUUUAAAUAUUCAACAUACUGUUAACUUCCAAAUCUCAAGCUGAAUAAGUAAAAACAUCUCAGGUUUUUAAGAGCAGAAUUAGAGUAGGAAGCAUAAGCCAUUUCAGAAUACAGAAUAUACAGCUGUAAGUCCUAGUUUAAACAAUCAUUUAGGCAGCCUUAAAUGUUGUCUGACAAAAUUGUCAGUGUUAUUUUUCUAAAAUAACCUGCAGGAAGCUACUCUCGUUUCCUAGUUGCACUUAUUCUGUGAUGUACUUAUUACUGCAUCGUGUGUGUAUUACUUACAGCUUUCUUCCUGGACUAGCAAAUAAGUUACUUGACUUGCUGUAGCUGAAUUUUCUUGAUUUAUAUAAUAUUUAUUUUGUAAAACACUACAUAUUUGCUUAUAGGAAAAAAAACUGUCUCAUUUCUCAAAGGUGUUUCACAAUUUUUUCCCUAGUUUUAAUCUAAAAUAGUAACUGAAAGUUCAGGUGAGCUAGAUUUGAAGAACACAAUAGUGGCACUGGUCUCAAAGAAUUACAGGGAGAGAGGGAUAGUUCUUGGUCAGAUAAAUUGUCUGCAAUGAGCAAAAUGCUCCAAA